UCGGACAGAAAAGUGAACGGACCAUCUUCCGGCAGCACUUCCGGAACCAGCAGCAGCUGUCAGUACAUGCGUUUUUUUGACGGUUUUUUGUUGUAGUUACGUGUAGCUAACUGGCCGAAUCACACCGCAGACAUCAAGAGUGUGUUUUCUGUUAGACGCGCAGCUAUGAAUCCUGUCUUCAGGAGGUUGCAGGUUUCUGUCACACAACAGGCGUUAAAUCAAGUGCUCACAUUAUGCCGGGCCACACCAUCCAUCCGGCAUCCUGUUUGUGCUUCUGUAAAUGAAAGACAGUACAGAUCCAUGCCGACACACGGGAUCGGGAAGUGGAGACAUUUUUUACAGAGACAAGCGCCAAAGAAAAAGAAAGACAAACACCAGAUGAAAAAGAUCAUAGCGCCGACGGACACAGCGUACGGGACUCUGAACGUGAAAGUGUCGGGUUAUGACAUGACGGUGGUGGAGCACUACUCCCAGUACAUCCACAACUUCUGCAACCGGCUCGGCAUCAAAGUGUCAGAAUGCUACGCUUUACCAACCAAGAGCACGGAGGUCCUGCUGAUGCAAGAGCAAGGCACCAAGAUGUACGUCGACGCCAUCUUAAAGACUCAUGAGCGAGUCGUGCAGCUGAGCGCUCUGAACGCCGCGAUGUGUCCCGUUUUCAUGGACGUGCUUCUUAAGCAUCAGCCAGAGGGAGUUCAGCUGUCUGUGAUGGAGCACACCGAGGCUGAUUUCCAGGCCCGUUUCAAGGCCCGACCAGAGAUGGAGGGGCUCAUCGCUCAGAUCAAAUAUUAAGACGCUCAGCGAGAAAUAUCUCUUUGUGUAUAUUUAUUCCCCGGCAUUCCUUAACUGAAUGCUGGAAAGGUGAUCAUUUGCAAUGAAAUAACUGCACAUGUUCAUACUUGAUGUUCUUUUGUGACCUCAAAUAAAACCCCUUUCUUUCCCAAC